AUGAAGACCGCCACAACGCUAUUCACGUUAUUCGCAUCGAUUUCUACGUCACACGCAGUCGCACUCAGCACAGUCGAGCCUUCAAUCUACCCUCCUGGCGUCUUGCCAUCAUUCACACCGGGUGUCAUUCCAGGCUACACUCCUGGUCUCGGCUUACCAUCCAACAUGCCAGCGCCAACAGACGUCCCAACUUUCACCCUCUCACCACUUCCAAGUGCUUCUAUCCCGGCUUCUGCUAGUUCAGGAGCAACUACACCCAUGGUUCCGAUCUCAAGCGCAGCUUCGUCGCUCGCAUCUCUGGCAUCGUCUCUCGCAUCCACAAACCCACCAUCAUCCUCAACACUCGCACCAACAUCCACACCGCAAUCAACAUCCGCCCGUUCAACACUCGGUACCAGGAGCUCCUCUGCAACAUCGCAGAGCACCAGCAUACCUCCCGCGCCCAGCGCAGCAGGCGCGAGCGGAAGUCUAGGCGGGCAAGGAAAAGAGAGGGUAUGGUGGGUUACGUUCUUGUUACCGCUCCUUGUCCUGGCGUAA